UCUUCUAUCAAAAAAGUAAAAUGCUAGUAUGCUCAGUAUGACUUCCGUUUUAGUGAAGUAAACAUGGCUCCUACAAUAGCUGUCAUCUUAUUCUUUGCUGCCGCCUUUGCAACUUCUGAGUGCAAGGAAUAUUAUUAUGCAUCUGCAAGAGUUGAGAGUUGCAGUGGUUGUCGUCUAAGCCGGCUUCCAGAUGUUAAACAAUUUAUCUUUGAAGAUUUACCUAACUAUAAUAACGUUGAAUUUAAACAUAUUCCAGGUGCAGUUCCAGAACUUCUUCUCUUUAAUGAGAAUGAAGAGGAAGUGGAAAGAUUACCUUUGUCUAGCUUGACACGGGAAGAAUGCAAUAAUCUUUUAAUUUCUAAAGGCUUUACAAAAAAGACAUCAAAAGAUGAAAUAUAAAAACAAAUGAAGUGUGUAUGAAUGUAAUGUCUGUAAAUUUGAGAAAUAAUUUUACAAUAUCUAUUAUAAAAUAAGUUAUUUUGAUAAUCGUAUUUCUGUUAUCAAUGUAAUCAUGUCUCUUUUGUUGAUGUAGUAUGUUUUUAUGUUUAUUUGUAAAUAGAAAUAGGUACUCUUCUAAAUCAAAUUAAAAAAACCCUUUAAUAAAUACUAAUUACAGUAAAGGUAGUAGAUAUAAUCCAGGCCCAAAGUUGGUAUAUGUAAAAUAUUAAAAAGGGAGCAUUAUAUAUAUAUACAUGUAUAUAUAUUGCACUCUAUUAAAUAGUUUAUAGUGGAAAUAUAAUUAGAGCACAAAGUAGCUAAUGUAGUAGGGAUCUUUUGAUGCACAUGUUGCUGUCUUUGAGUACCUCAUUUUCACAUAGAUGAGGGAGCGUUAUAUUAUCUCCCUUUGGAGCUGCAAUCUGUGAUACAACUACUAGAUCCAUAAUGUGACAAAAUUGAUCAUUAUGGAAUGCUUGGGCUUCUUUACUCAAAAGUUUUAGUUGUCGAGCUUGGUUAAAUUUUAAUAUUUUAUAAAUAAAACUAAUAAAAUUUUAAUAAAUAAUGAUGAAUAUGAUUAAUGUAUUUCAGUAUAUUAAAAGAAACUGAAAUUUAACCAAGAAUUCAUAUUAUUUAUUUUAUUACAAAUAAAAAUAAAAUAAUUUUAUUCAUGAUAGCUCUUGAUACGACUGAAACUUCUGUAGUAGGGUAUCCUAUGCAUAUUUAUUUUAUUCAUGUCCUACACAAUGUUGUUUCUUUUUUUAUUGUAACAUUGAUUUAUUUAUGUAAGUUAUGUACACAAAAGACAAACAAAAAUUUGAACUCAUAGAAAAUUUGCACAAGAUUAUAAUGAAGUUAAUUAAUAUAAAAGUAUAAGUAACUUAAGUAUAAUAAUUUUUUUAUUUACGUGAUGUAUUUAUCUAUAUUUAAAAUAUUACAAUGCACUUGCAAUUAAAUUGUUUAUGUUACUAAAUAUGUAUACCUAUUAUCUUCUAAUAAAACCAGUAACUACAGAAGGAUAAGAGAUUUUAUUAAAAGGACAUUACAUUUGUUUGCUUCUAAUUUAUUCUAACAGUAAUAUAUUAAAUAAACGUGUUAAAGACAAUUUACAUCAUUACGUUAUUUGAUUUUUAAACAAAUUACGAAUCAUAUUUAAUGAAUAACGCUGCUAGUUUAUUUUAUAUAUGCAUUAAAUUACAAACUUUUCACUUUUAAAUCAAUCUACAGUAUCAAUAUUACCGCAUGUGGAAUGUCAAUUUCCAUUCAAUAUAAUAAUUCCAACUUGUCAAAUAAGUAUACAAAAACUUUACUUUCCUUGAUUAUAUGAUCAUCAUUUUCCGAUUUUGUUUUUUCCUCUUCUAUUUCCAUAACCAUAAUACAAAUAAAAGCAGAAAUAUAAAUAAGCUAAAUUUAUGUCCUUAUAUGUACUUUCACUGAUAAUGAUAUAUUACAAUAUUAUGUAUUAUGCGAUAUAUUUGUUCUUAUUUCGUUUAAUUUGCAUCUGUUAUCAAUCUGUUUUAUUAACUAUAGAUUAUAUACACUAUUUAUAUUAAUAGUUAGUAAAAACCGCAUAGGUCGACGUUGAUAUAAUAAACCAGUAAUUACUAGGUUUUUUUAAACCAAUCAUGUAUGUUUUGCGUAGAAUAGAUAUCUUACGUGUCUAAAAGUGAUAUAUACAUAAAUAUCAUAAGAAUAAGUUUCAUAAAUC